AUGGCGGACCAGCAGAAUGUCGAAGCCAUCACAGACCAUUCCAAUGGGUCGGCGAUUGCAUCACCUCGGUCUAGCACAGAUUCUCGCUCUCCAUCGACUCGUAGCCAGUCCCUCCGUCUCUCCCACUCAAAUCACCAGCAUCGUCAGAGUUUCAGUGACAGUCUCCGAGCGGCACCGGGGUCCCCGCGGGCACGACGCCAGCCAUCCCUCACCCAGGCCGCAAUCCAGAGUCUCAUCGAUAAUCCUCCAGCACCCAGGGAUGUGAAUCCCGCUUUUGCCGGCCGGGAUUGGCGAGAGAUUACCAUCGGGGAGCUUGUCAGUCCGGAUGACUUGAAGUUUGUCGAAGUGGACACUGGAAUCGAGGAGGCGACAAAUAUGCUGAUUGACACGAAUGCGCCGGUACUCUUGAUCCGCGAGACCCCGCAACAGAAGACCGUCGUGGGCACAUUCGACUACUCGGAUCUCAAUGCAUACCUUUUGCUCGCCGCGGGACUGACGCAGCCGACGGAGGAACUCCGCGCGCCGUACGAACAGUUAGCACGGAAGGCAAGGGAGGGACACAAGAUACCGUUGCAGGAUGUCAAGGCGCUGGGCAGGAACGAGCCUCUGACCACGCUCCCCGCCUCGGCGAGCUUGAUGGCGGCCGUCGAGACUUUUGGCGGCGGGGUGCAUCGUGUGAUCGUGGUGGAUGAACGCAAAGAUGGGGAGGUCGUGGGAAUCUUCAGUCAGUUUCGCCUGGUGAAAUUUCUGUGGGAGAACGGACGCAGCUUCCCCGUGAUCGAUCAGUUGUAUCCCCAGUAUCUCCGUGAUCUGGGGAUCGGGUCUCGCGAAGUGGUCUCCAUCAAUGGUGAUAAGCGCCUCUGUGAAGUUCUGCAGCUCAUGAACAGCGAAGGGAUUUCGUCAGUGGCCGUGGUGGACAACCAUGCCAACGUGGUGGGCAAUAUCUCUACAACCGAUGUGAAGCUCCUUACAAGAUCAUCGUCGUUGCCUCUCCUGCACAAUUCAUGCAUCCAUUUCAUCUCGGUGAUCUUGUCUGCGAGGGGUCUUGUGGAGGGCAAGGACUCUUUCCCGGUCUUUUACGUGAACCCAGGCUCGACUCUUGCACACACCGUUGCCAAGUUGGUAGCCACUAAAUCGCAUCGGUUAUGGGUGACCGAUCCCCUGUCACCCUCGUCGUCGGGACCGCCUACUCCCUCCCAUUCCAGCGGCCAGCUGCCCCUGGCGGCCAACCCGAUCCAGUCCCCUCCCUUGUCGCCGCCGCCAACCUCGGCCGGCAUUCCGUCGCCCAACUAUACUACUCCUCACCUCCCGAGUCCGCCCGUCGGGAUCCCGCAUGUCGUGGCGCCGUCGAUCCCCGCGUCCGCAUUACCGGGAGCGCGGUUGUCCGGGCGGCUCGUGGGGGUGGUGAGUUUGACGGAUAUCCUGAACCUGCAUGCGCGGGCCAGCGGACUCCGCCCGGCCGAUCCCGCCGAGAAUCGCAGCCGGCGGCGACGAAGCAGCAGCUCGAGCGUGAGUGUGCGCAAGAGCGGGGAUAUCGGACGGGAAUUGUUCAGCCGGCGGGAGUAG